UGUGGUGCAGGCGGAGAUUGAUGUGCUGUGUCUGUGCGCGUGCAGCAUCUCAGCUCUCUCUCCAUCCAUAAGUAGUAUUUUCUGGCAUCCUUCAGAAAAGGCUCAACAGAUUCAGUUUUCUUUCGAUUCGAGGAUUAUAUUAAAUUCUAAAUCAGAUACAGGUUUAAAUUCAGCUUAGGUUACAAUCCAAAUUCUUAUCAAAUUCACAAAUAUUGAGAAUAGGAGUUCUGCAAGGCGACAUCCUCUGUAAGGCAGCAAAAUGUUGGAUCCGUCAUCCAGUGAGGAGGAAUCGGAUGGUGGGAUGGUGGAGGAGGAACACCAUCACAAGGAGGCAUCGGCACCCCAGAGCGGAGCCCGCAUCUCUCCAAGCCGGACCAGCGAGAGCUCCGGCGGUCUUGCGCCCAGCAGCAGCCGCAGUAGCGCUCGCCCGACCAGCCCGAGCCCGUCAGCUGCCAGCGAGCAGGAGAAGGUAGAGGAGGCGAAUUUGCAGAAGGAAGAAGAGGAGCGCAAAAAGAAGUUGCAACUAUAUGUAUUUGUGAUGCGGUGCAUUGCAUACCCUUUCAAUGCAAAACAGCCCACAGAUAUGGCGAGACGACAACAGAAGAUCACAGAGCAGCAGCUCCGGCAGACCAACGACCGCUUCAAAGCUUUCCUCAAUGGAGACACCCAGAUAGUGGCUGAUGAAGCAUUCAUCAACGCAGUCCAGAGCUACUAUGAGGUGUUCCUGAAAAGCGACCGCGUUGCCAAGAUGGUCCAGAGCGGGGGCUUCUCAGCCAAUGACUGCAGGGAGGUGUUCAAGAGGCACAUCGAGAAGCGUGUCCGCAGCCUGCCCGAGAUCGACGGCCUGAGUAAGGAGACGGUGCUCAGCUCCUGGAUGGCCAAGUUCGACACCAUCUACCGCGGGGACGAGGACCCACGCAAGGCUCAGCAACGCAUGACGGCUAGUGCAGCCUCUGAGCUCAUCCUCAGCAAGGACCAGCUCUACGAGAUGUUCCAGAACAUUCUGGGUAUCAAGAAGUUUGAGCACCAGCUGCUCUACAACGCCUGCCAGUUGGACAACCUGGACGAGCAGGCUGCCCAGAUCAGACGGGAGCUGGAUGGACGCCUGCAGAUGGCCGAUCAGAUUGCCAGGGGAGGCAAAUUCCCCAAGUUUGUGUCGAAGGAAAUGGAGCAGAUGUACAUAGAGGAGCUGAAGGCGUCGGUGAACCAGCUGAUGGCCAACCUAGAGAGCAUGCCCGUGUCCAAGGGAGGAGAGUUCAAACUGCAGAAGCUGAAGAAAGGACACAACACCUCCAUCAUGGACAUGGGUCAGGAGGACGAGAACACACUGUCCAAGUCUGAUGUGGUGCUCUCCUUUACUCUGGAGGUGGUGAUCAUGGAGGUGGUGGGCCUGAAGUCUCUGGCUCCUAACAGGAUCGUUUACUGCACCAUGGAGGUGGAGGGAGGGGAGAAACUGCAGACAGACCAGGCUGAGGCGUCCAAGCCAACCUGGGGGACCCAGGGAGACUUCACCACCACACACCCCCUCCCUGCCGUCAAGGUGAAACUGUUUACAGAAAGCACUGGAGUGCUGGCCCUGGAGGAUAAAGAGCUGGGCAGGGUGGUCCUCCACCCAACCCCUAACAGCCCCAAGGCAUCAGAGCUCCAUAAGAUGGCCCUCACCAAGGCCUGCCCCGACCAGAACCUUCAGAUCAAACUUGCCAUCCGCAUGGACAAACCACAGAACAUGAAGCAUUCUGGGUAUUUGUGGGCUUUCGGGAAGAACGUCUGGAAGCGCUGGAAGAAGCGUUUCUUUGUCCUCGUGCAGGUGAGCCAGUACACCUUUGCCAUGUGCAGCUACAGAGAGAAGAAGUCUGAGCCACAGGAGCUGCUACAGCUGGAUGGUUACACUGUGGACUACACCGACCCCCAGCCAGGAUUGGAUGGCGGCAGGGCGUUCUUCAACGCGGUGAAGGAGGGCGACACUGUGAUCUUUGCCAGUGAUGACGAGCAGGACCGCAUCCUGUGGGUUCAGGCAAUGUACCGGGCCACCGGUCAGUCCCACAAGCCUGUUCCCCCCACCCAGGUCCAGAAACUAAACUCCAAGGGGGGUGCCGCCGCUCAGAUGGACGCGCCCAUCUCCCAGUUCUACGCAGACAGAGCUCAGAAACAUGGCAUGGAUGAGUUUAUCUCGGCUAACCCCUGUAGCUUUGACCACGCCUCCCUGUUCGAGAUCGUCCAGAGGCUCACGUUGGACCACAGGCUCAAUGACACCUUCUGCUGCCUGGGAUGGUUCAGCCCAGGCCAGGUGUUUGUCCUGGAUGAGUACUGUGCCAGGAACGGCGUGCGGGGGUGUCACAGACACCUGGGUUACCUAGGGGACCUGCUGGAGAGGGCGGACAGAGGAGCCAUGAUCGACCCCACCCUGCUUCACUACAGCUUCGCUUUCUGCGCCUCCCAUGUCCACGGUAACAGAGAGGGCAGCAGUUACUGUGGGCCACUGGUGGGUUGUGAGGGCCCCUGGGCCCCUAGCGGCGCCCAGAGCCCAGAACCAGGGGCUGGCUCGAAACGGGGAAGCAAAAAGAUGAAGUUUAGAAAGAAAAGGGAUUCCACAUUUCAACUCGUCCAAGAGCCCAUCAGGCCUGACGGACUGGGGACAGUGAAGGUGGACGAAAAGGAGCGCUUUGAAGAAAUCAAAGAGCAAUUGCGUGUGAUCCUGGAACACCAGAUCACUAACUUCAGAUAUUGCUUCCCGUUCGGACGUCCAGAGGGAGCUUUGAAGGCCACACUUUCUUUGCUGGAAAGGGUGCUGAUGAAGGACAUUGUGACUCCAGUCCCACAAGAGGAAGUGAAGGGAGUCAUCCGUAAAUGCCUGGAGCAGGCUGCACAGCUCAACUACGCUAAAAUCACAGAGUACGCCAAAAUCGAAGGUAGAAAGAGGGAAAUGUUUGAGCACCCUGUCUUCUGCUUGGCGUCACAAGUGAUGGAUUUAACCAUCCAGAACGUAGGCCGGUUAGUCACGCCCGCCAAAAAACUGGAGGACACUAUUCGCCUGGCCGAGCUAGUCAUAGAGGUCCUUCAGCAGAACCAGGAGCAUCAUGCGGAGGCUGCAGUCACAAGUUCUGGAGAUCAAUCGGCCUUUGCCUGGUGGUCUGACCUGAUGACGGAGCACGCUGAGACCUUCCUGGCUAUGUACGCCGUGGACAUGGACGCUGCUCUGGAAAUCCAGUCUCCUGAGAGCUGGGACAGCUUCCCUCUAUUCCAGCUGCUCAACGACUUCCUCCGCACUGACUAUCACCUGUGCAAUGGGAAAUUCCACAAACACCUGCAGGACCUCUAUGCUCCCCUGGUGGUCAGAUAUGUAGACCUGAUGGAGUCCUCCAUCGCUCAGUCUAUCACCAGGGGCUUUGAGGGAGAGUCCUGGGUGCCUGUAAAGAGUUUGACAAGUAAUCUGCCCAAUGUGAAUCUCCAAAUACCAAAUGUCAACCUCCAAAUUCCCAAAGUACCAAAUCUGCCGCCAGUAGCAGGACUAUCAGUUAACCUUCCAACAAUGCCUAGUUUUUCCACCCCGACAUGGAUGGCUGCUAUCUAUGACCCUGACAAUGGCUCUGGGACGUCGGAGGACCUGUUCUGGAAGCUGGAGGCCCUACAGACCUUCAUCAGGGACCUACACUGGCCCGAGGAGGAGUUCGCCAAACACCUGGAGAACCGCAUGAAGCUCAUGUCCAGCGACAUGAUUGAGAAUUGCGUCAAACGCACUAGGAUGGCAUUUGAGUCCAAGCUGGCAAAGAGCAGCAGGGGAACAGACUUCCGCAUCUCCGCAGCAAUAUGCACCAUGUUCAAUGUGAUGGUGGACGCAAAGGACCAGUCUUCCAAGCUGUGUGCCAUGGAGAUGGGCCAGGAGAAACAGUAUCACACCCAGAUAGAUGAACUGAUUGAGGAGAGUGUAAAGGACAUGAUCCAACUCAUGGUGGCAAAGUUUGUGGUUAUUCUGGAGGGUCUGUUGGCCAAGAUCUCCCGAUACGAUGAAGGCACUCUAUUCUCAUCGUUCAUGUCAUUCACGGUGAAAGCUGCUUCAAAGUAUGUGGACGUCCCUAAGCCUGGGAUGGACGUUGCAGACGGUUACGUCACCUGUGUCCGCCAUUCUCAGGACAUUCUGCGAGAUAAGGUCAAUGAGGAGGUGUAUAUAGAAAGGUUAUUUGAUCAAUGGUACACAGCCACCAUGAACCUACUGGGGACCUGGCUCACUGAGCGCAUGGACCAGCAGCUCCAUCUCUACCAGCUCAAGAUCCUCAUCAGGAUCGUCAAGAAAAAGUACCGUGACUUCCGUCUGCAGGGGGUGCUAGACUCCACCCUGAACAGUAAGAUGUAUGACACUGUGAGGAACAGGCUGACCCUGGAGGAGGCCAACGCAUCCAUGAAAGAGGGAGGCAUGGGGGGCAUCUCCAUGAAGGACAGCGACGAAGAGGACGAAGACGAUGACUAGAGUUGCAGCGCCGCCCGACCUCAGAACUGGCACCGACACCUCCCUUUACCCCCCCGAUCCUCUACUCUCACAUGACUUAGCCUGGUAACCAAUGCAUGUACCAACUCUGUUACUCAGACAGCCACUUUAGGUCCUCUUUGUCAUCUCAAAAUGCCCAUGAAGGACCUAUAAUAAACAAUAAAAAUAGUAAUUACUAUGUUGAGGAAAAAUAAUACAAAUAAAUAUGUUGAAAAAAUAAACCAUGAAUGACAGUUUAUCUGUGUCAUGAUGAAGAUAGCACUGAUGAUAUCUUUGACUCAUUGAUUUCUAAAUUCAUUUCUGUGUUCCUAAGCAAUAUGGAGUACCAUUUGUUUGACAAUGUUGAGUGAGAUUAUUAGGUGUGUCCCUGUCCAAUGCAAACCUAUAUCGCGCUUCUUUGUUGUAUUCUACAUUCAUUAUAAUGGUACAUUGUUGUGACGAUGAGUGUAUAGACCCUUUUCUUUUGUAUUGACUAUCUUUAGGUGGAUGCCAACUGCUUCAAACUGAAAAUGACCCUCUGUAUUUAAGUUCAAUGCUGUUUAGGAUAAGCAUCUCGUCUACUCACUCUCCUGUACUCUCAGCACCAUAGUAUGUUCUAGACCGUCUGUUCCUCAUCUGUGUCAAUGCUCUGUGACCUCAUAAUCUUUAACCCUAUCACUAACAAGACAUCGUCCAGCAGCCAUCUUGAACUAAAAUGAGUGGGUAUUCUGGAAAUGCAAUAUUCUCAAAGCUCCAUUUUGAUAUCUUGUCGGAGAUUUAUAUUUUUCUUUCUACAUUGUUGAAACGACCUUGAAACAGGUUCUAAUCUAUUUGAAAUUUAGUUGCACGUUUACAGAGAAAAGAGAGCUGAAAAUAAACGUUUUUUUUAUUUACCAAAAUGAAAGUUGGGUCUGUCUUUUUAGUUUUAUUACGUACUUGAUUAGAAUGAGAUGUGUGGCAUUUCUUUGGGUCUCACUGUUGUUUUGUAUAUACACACCGCUGUACAUUGUAUUCUGAGCCAACGCUGCAUGCCCGUGGGUCCCCACCCUCUCCGAAUGCUUUCCGUUUUGUGUGACAAUUAGCUGGUGGAUUAAUUCUUGCUUUUGCCUUAUGAAAGCCAACAGUUGUAAUAUGCAAGAGCUGUGGCCUCGAAAUAAAAUUACUGUACAAAUACACAA